CUUAUAUCCUAAGACCUAACUGAAUAAUAUUAUUUGCUUGCUUUACAAACACCAUGAAUCUCUCUUUCUCUAUCUGCAAUGUAGUUCAACCCCUCAUCAGUUUUACUGGUGGGCUUAACACAAACCCCUUGCACUUUCACAAUCACGGAAACAAGGAUAAAGUGGUAGUUGUUAUGGGUGCAACAGGGACUGGGAAAUCAAGACUUGCUAUAGACUUGGCAAAGAAAUUUCAAGCAGAAAUAAUAAAUUCUGAUAAAAUUCAAGUGUAUAGAGGGCUAGAAAUAGCAACCAACAAAGUGACAGAAGAAGAAAGCAGGGGUGUACCUCAUCAUAUCUUAGGGACAGUUGAUCCUAAUGUUGAUUACAGUGCAGCCAAUUUCUGUCAUGAUGCCUUGCUUGCAAUUGACUCCAUCAUUGAACAAAAAAAGCUCCCUAUCAUAGCAGGCGGAUCAAACUCAUUCAUCAAAUCCCUUGUGAAUGAUGAUCCAUAUUUUGCAUCAAGGUAUGAGUGUUGCUUUCUCUGGGUUGAUGUAGCCCCACGCAUCCACCAACGCUUUGUAUCAGAACGGGUAGAUCAAAUGGUGCAAGCUGGAUUGGUAGACGAGGUACGAGGGAUAUUCGACCCCAACGCCAAUUACACUCGGGGAAUACGGCGUGCAAUUGGUGUUCCUGAAAUGGACCGCUUCCUCCGAGCUGAAAGGAAUGCUGAUCCUGAAACCUUGGAAACUCUUCGUCAAAUUGCCAUAGAUGAUAUCAAAAAAAAUACACGCAACCUGGUACAUCGCCAGAUGCAAAAGAUCCGUGACUUAAAAGAUUUGUGGGGAUGGAACUUGCAUCAUAUUCAAGCAACAGAAGCAUUUCUGAAGCAGGGAAAAGCUUCUCAUGAAGCAUGGGAAAGACUUGUUGUAAGUUCGAGUGUCAGAAUUUUAACUGAAUUUUGUCCACAAUCACCAGCAAGCAUGCAAAAUUUCCCAAAAUCACCAAGCACAACGGUCAUUACAAGGAAAGUACACCAGUGCCUGCUAUGCACUAUAAUGCAAAUACCAGCCACACCACCGUAUCACAACCGUAUUACAAAGAUUAUUUAAGUUACCGCAACGCCAAUUACGCCACAACAACCGCAAAACUAUCAGUUUAACAUACCAUUACAACUAUCACGACUACAAUUGCUAAAAUUC